AUGACGGCGCCGACCAUCCUCGCCAGUCCGUCCAGCGAAUUGCUCUUCCCUACCGUCUCUUCGCCGGAUCUCUGGAGGACUCAAGUCAUGCAUUAUUCCAGCUCCGUCCCUCGGCACAUCAGCCACCGGGCCAACAACUUCAAACGGCAUCCGAAGCGGAGGAAAUCGAUCCGGCCUUCCCCGCCGCCGCCUCCCAACACCCCCUGCCCUAAGGACCGGGCCCCCUUCGCCGAGAUCCACCCGGAGAGGUCAUUUUUGGAACUGCUGUUCAACGGGUGCAUCUUGUUCGGGAUCGAGUUCAGUUACGCCAUGGAGACCGCUUACGUCACGCCGGCCCUGCUUCAGAUGGGCCUGCCCGAUCAGCUGUAUGGGAUGGUGUGGUUUAUCAGCCCAAUCCUGGGUUUCCUGCUGCAGCCCUUACUGGGAGCUUGGAGUGACCGGUGCACCUCCCGGAUGGGCCGGCGGAGACCUUUCAUCCUUGUUCUGGCGAUCGGGGCGUUGGUGGGACUCUCCCUGAUGCUGAAUGGCCGGGAUAUCGGCGCUACCAUCUCAGACACGGGCAACAACCACAAAUGGGGCAUCGCGCUGACUAUCUGCGGUGUCAUCUUGAUGGACUUCUGUGCCGACUCCGCCGACAACCCCAGCCAUGCCUACAUGAUUGACGUCUGUCGCCCGUCGGAUCAAGACCGGGCGCUCAACAUUCACGCUCUUUUAGCUG